GGAAGUCCCCAUUUGUGCGGUGGUGUCCCACUCGUCCCAGUCAGCUUCAUUCGAACGGACACACCGGUGUGUCAAGAACACGGAAAAUCGAAUCAUUUUCUCCCGUGCGUGUGUGUGUGACCGAAGUAAGAGAGUGCCGCCAGUCCGGAGGAAGUCAACCGAAUCUUCAGUAAACCGAUAGCCGAACCGCAUCAAAUCGAUACAAGAUGUUCUCUGCACUAAUGGAUGCUGCCCGUAACUCGCCCUUCAAGACCCCGUUCACCAGGGCCCAAUGUGAUGGGCCCGUUGCCGGCCGGUCGAUUGCCGCUGCCAGCGGUGAAGAGGUCGAGUUCGGUUCGAACAAAUUCUUCCUACUCUGCGGUCUCGGUGGCAUCAUCUCGUGCGGUUCGACCCACACCUUCGUGGUGCCGCUCGAUCUGGUCAAGUGCCGGCUGCAAGUCGACUCAGCCAAGUACAAGAAUCUGUUCAACGGCUUUAAGGUGUCGGUGGCCGAGGAGGGCACCAAGGGUCUGGUGAAGGGAUGGGCCCCGACGUUCUUCGGUUAUUCGGCACAGGGCGCUUUCAAGUUCGGUUUGUACGAGGUGUUCAAGGUGCAGUACUCCAACAUCCUUGGCGAGGAGAAUGCGUACCUGUACCGUACCUGGUUAUACCUGGCCGCCUCUGCCUCGGCCGAGUUCUUCGCCGAUAUCGCCCUGUCGCCAUUCGAAGCUGCCAAGGUCAAGAUUCAGACCAUGCCCGGCUUCGCCAACACCAUGCGUGAGGCUAUGCCCAAGAUGAUGGGUGAGGAGGGUAUCACUGCCUUCUACAAGGGUCUGGUCCCGCUGUGGUGCCGACAGAUCCCGUACACCAUGAUGAAGUUCGCCUGCUUCGAGAAGACCUUGGAGCUUCUGUAUGCUUACGUCGUGCCCAAGCCACGCGACCAGUGCACAAAGGGUGAGCAGUUGUUGGUGACAUUCGCUGCCGGUUACAUUGCUGGUGUGUUCUGCGCUAUUGUGUCUCACCCGGCCGAUGUGGUCGUGUCGAAACUGAACCAGGCCAAGGGAUCCAGUGCGAUCGACGUGGCCAAGAGCCUCGGAUUCAUGGGUAUGUGGCAAGGUCUGAUGCCCCGUAUCGUGAUGAUCGGUACGCUGACUGCUCUGCAAUGGUUCAUCUACGAUGGUGUCAAGGUCGCUCUGAAUAUCCCCCGCCCACCCCCACCGGAGAUGCCAGAAUCGCUGAAGAAGAAGCUCGGAGUUCAGUAAAUUUCACUAGCAAAUCUCUUUCCCUCGUAACCCUGCACAACUUGUUCGUUAUGCUACAGUUUAAUUAAUAAGUGAAAACCUCUAAAUUAUCCAAAUUUUAACUUAAAGACCAUUAAAAUGUUAAACGAUCGGGCGAAUUCACUUCUCUAUGAAAUCGAAAAAAAAAGUUCAAUAAGCUAUCUCAUGAAGUGGAAGAAUUGAUAAAAUGCAAAUCAGAAACUGAUUUCCGGGUAGGCGUUUCAGUAUUUGAACCAUAAUAAGGGACGAAUGAUUCCGUCUCUUUAGUGGGAGAACCAGCACAAUACCAGAAGGUCAAAAAUGUUAGAGAUCGUCAGUGUACGAUUUGAGAUGUCCUAAUAAUUUGGUCGCUUAAGAAGAACACCGAUGAGUAAAACUGCUCUUUAUGAAAGAGUUCACAAAA